GUGAGCUCGUGGGGUCAAUAAUCAGUCAGCUGUAUCUGGUCAUUGAUCAGCUGAUCGCGGAUCGAUCACGAGCUCACCUGUGCGUCUCUCUUCUGUUCAUCCUGCCGGGCAUCAUGCUGCGUGUGCGCGCUACGGGGACGCGCGCAUGGAGGGGGUUUAAAACGUUUCCGUGUGCCGCCGUCGACGUGAAGAACGAACCGAUCCUCGGAUUCAAAGAAGGAAGUCCAGAGAGGAGAGAGCUGCUCAAGGCUCUGGAGGAAGUGAAGGGGAAGACGGAGGAGAUUCCUUGUGUUGUUGGAGACGAACACGUUUGGACCAAAGAUGUCAGAUAUCAGCUUUCACCGUUCAACCACAAACACAAGGUGGCAAAGUUCUGCUACGCUGACAAGGAGCUGAUCAAUAAGGCGAUCGCGGCGUCCGUGGCGGCGCGUAAGGAGUGGGACCUGAAGCCCGUCCAGGACCGAGCUCAGGUUCUGUUCAAGGCGGCCGACGUCAUCAGCGGACCGAAGAGAGCAGAGAUCCUCGCCAAGACGAUGAUCGGACAGGGUAAGACCGUAGUGCAGGCAGAGAUCGACGCCGCUGCAGAACUCAUCGACUUCUUCCGGUUUAACGCCAAACACGCCGUCGAGCUGGAGAAGCAGCAGCCGCUCGACGUGGAAGGAACCAGCAACACCAUGCUGUACCGAGGCCUGGAGGGCUUCGUAGCAGCGGUGGCGCCGUUUAACUUCACUGCUAUUGGCGGAAACCUGGCAGGAACUCCGGCUCUGAUGGGUAACGUGGUUCUGUGGAAGCCCAGUGACACGGCGAUGUCGGCGAGCUACGCGGUCUACAAAGUGCUGAGGGAGUGCGGUCUGCCUCCGAACAUCGUGCAGUUCCUUCCUGCUGACGGUCCCGUGUUCGGAGACACCGUCACCGCCUCCGAGCACCUCGCCGGAGUCAACUUCACCGGCAGCGUCCCGACGUUUAAGAGAAUCUGGAAGCAAGUGGCCCAGAACCUGGACUCAUAUAAGACCUUUCCACGACUGGCAGGAGAGUGCGGAGGGAAGAACUUCCACUUCGUUCAUAAGUCGGCGGACGUGGACAGCGUGGUGACGGGAACGAUCCGCUCCGCCUUCGAGUACGGAGGCCAGAAGUGCUCGGCCUGCUCCAGGAUGUACGUCCCCGACAGCGUCUGGCCCGCCAUCCGACAGAAGCUGCUCGACAUCCACAAGCACAUCGCCGUGGGAGACCCGGUUGAAGAUUUCAGCACCUUCUUCUCCGCUGUGAUCGACGACAAGUCCUUCGCCCGUAUAAAGAAGUGGCUCGAUCACGCCAAGUCUUCCCCGAACCUGAAAGUGAUCGCAGGAGGAAACUGUGACGAUAAGAAGGGUUACUACGUAGAGCCGACCAUCAUCGAGACCAAAGACCCGCGGGAGGCCAUCAUGAACGAGGAAAUCUUCGGUCCCGUUCUGUCGGUUUACGUUUAUCCAGAGAACGAUUAUAAAGAAGUUCUUCAUCUGAUCGACACCACGUCUCCCUACGCGCUGACGGGCGCCGUGUUCGCUCAGGACCAGACCGUCAUCGACGAAGCCGCCAAAGUUCUGAGAAACGCUGCCGGGAACUAUUACGUCAACGAUAAAUCCACCGGAUCCGUCGUUGCUCAGCAACCGUUCGGCGGCGCCAGAGCUUCAGGUACGAAUGAUAAACCUGGAGGUCCUCACUACGUCCUGAGGUGGACGUCUCCUCAGGUCGUCAAACAAACCUUCGUCCCGCUGAGAGACUGGAAGUAUCCUUAUAUGGGCUGAUCCUGCUCCAUCCGUCCAAUCAGAGAAGAGAGACCGUCCCCUCGCCGUCCCCCCUCACUGUUCCCCC